AUGGACAAACCUCAAAAAACAUCAUGGGGAGGAGAAAAAGAAGGGCAUGGGGAGGGGGCAGAUUUGGGACAGCAGACCACAGAGCGAGCAGCUCUGAGGCCAGAGGGCAAGUCCUGGCAUGGCCCUGACCUGCAGCGGUGCUCUCCGGACUCCUGGGUACUAUCAAACACCACAGCUGCUGUGCGUGGGGGGCGGGCGCUCUCCAUGAGUGGUCAGCACCCACCCAGGGACGGGCUCUGUAAGAAGAAAGGCUGGUGUAGGGAGGUGUGGUGCAUCAGGUUAGUCGCCAGCUCCAGGCCCCGCACACUGACUCAGGACUCUCAGUUCUCAAUCUGGGACAGUGGUGCUGGCUUCUUAAUUGUCACCCUGACUGAUCGGAGGGAGGAAGAUGCAGGACACUACUGGUGUAGAACCCACCACCCUUCUAGCAACUCUACUUCUAAUUCCAUGAAGUUCUCUCUGGUGGUGUGUCACCGGUGUGCCCUUUUCCUGGGGUCCGCGCGCUCUCUUCAGUGCCUCCUGGACCUAGCCACAGAGAAGCCCAAGACGCCAAUAUCUUUGGAGAAGGCAUGGGACUUGGCACAUGCCUCUGCCUUCACACAGAGCUGGUCCCUGGCUUCCCGGGACUUCACCUCAUCCCAGACCCAGAGCUGUGUGUCCCCCACUGGAAGAGCCAGAGAGGCCCCCAGGGCUCCCUCUGCCAUCACCGCCCCUUCACAGAAACAAAACUCCACCCUCUCCUCCAGCCCUGCAGCCUCCAUUGCCCUGGUCACCAUGCCUUGUGGACUUCUCCCGGCCCAGAGCCUGGUGCUGUCAGCCCUGCCUGUCCAGUGGCACAGGCAGUGGGAAGCCCUGAUGGAACUCAGGGGCCUGGACACCAGUGAAGCCACCUGCCACUUUCAGCAGGUCACUGACCUUCUCUGCACCUCCUUCCUCACCUGCAGGGACACACUGCCGUGGGUGUGA